ACCAUUAAUUUACAUAUAACUUUCCAAGCGUAUGCUCUUCGAUGUGGUAAAUUUCCUUUAUUUGCGUGCAUACAUAUAUAUUCGAACCGGGAAGAUCCGUCCGGAAGAGAUUACCUCUUCGCCCAUCAAGUCGACAGAAACUCCGCCCCGCCGGAGAAGAGGCACGGCGGACCGAAACUUUGAACCGCCGGUGGGCGGCAGAGAAUAACCGGUAUAUUUAUCAGAACUUUGUGCAGUAAUCUCAAGGUCACACUUAUAGCGGAGGAAAGCCAUUUCAAUGGAGAAGGCCGACGAUCACUGUUUGUCUAAACUUCAACUCACCGUGCCUUCCGAUGAUCGUCCUUCAGUGCUUCGGCUCCGUGAAUUACUUGCGGCUUGCUCCAAGUCGAUUGAAAACGGAGACACCCAUCAAUCUGAAGCCUUGAUAUCUGAGCUGGUGAAUUACCUUGAUUGUAUUUCAGAGGCUGCUGAAACAGAGUUGGACAAUGGAGAUACAGAGAGUGAUGCCUUUGAAGUCCUCAAUGAGAUCUAUCGUUUUAUAUCUUCUCCUUCAUUAGACCAGGGUACUAUUGACACUCUUUCAUUUGAUCUUCCAAAGGCAGUUUCCAAGUUUAUAAGAGUAGGUGGAUGUCUGGAGAUUGUUGAUAGCAUUAUUGACAGGUUCGUUACUCUGUGCAGUCCACGGGAUAUGCUUUCGGUUCUUUGUGAGGCAUUAGAUUUGCAGACGACCAAAGCAGCCACUUGUGCUGCCCCUUUUCUAAGUGGGCUCUCAAAAGUGAUUCGUUCCAUUCAGAGGCGUCAUUUUGAGCAAAUAAAAAUAGCAGUUCCUGUUGUUCUCAAUGCACUUAAAGCCGUGGAUUUUGAAACAAGUGAAGGGGAUGUGAACUGUGACACUUUAUAUGCUAGAGCGAUGGACAUUGCCAGUUCCAUUCAGUCAGUUUGUGUAAAGUUGGUGGAUGGCAAAGUACAGGAGAAGCUCCAUUCUCUGCUUGGACUCUAUGUGUUGCAAAUCAUGGCUCUCUUUUCAGUCAGCAUGAGUCAUGAAGUUUCAAGCUGUCUUCCUUUUGUCUCAAAGUUGUCAUCCUUUCUUCCAUUCUGUGGGUUGUCAUACGCUGGUCUUAUCACUGGAUUCGAUAUCGACAAAAUUUCUAAUAACAUUAUUGGAGAGGAUGAAGAUGAUUAUACGGCCUGUUUUUCCUACAUCAAGCACGGUGCAUGUCUUUCAGUUCUCUGGGGAUUUAUUUCUGAAGAGGUUGCUCAGGCUGCAGAUGAAAAAGUUAAUGUUCUUAAAGAUGAACUGACGUCCAAACAAACUGAAAGAUGGAAAGCUAUAGGCAUGUUCAGGCACAUACUCUCUUUUGCCGCUCUAUCUUGGAAACUAAAGAAACAUGCCAUCGAUUUCUUGCUCUGCAUUCAUGGGUCUGAAAGUUUUGAUGACAAACAAAGUGACUACAUAUCGUAUAUGCCUAGUUUAUUUGCUGCUUUGCAGGCUGUUCAGAUAAUUAUCAUGUAUGCACCAGAUGCAACACUACGGAGGAAUGGGUUUGAUUUAUUUAAAAAGUUACUUGCUGAUAUUCCCUAUUCUCAAAGGUUCGACAUGUUUAGAGCUCUAAUUAUGAAUAGUGACUCUCCCUCUAUGGUUGGACUUCUUUUAGAUCUUGUCAAAGGAGAAAUGCAUGCGGAGCUUUGCCAGAAAAGAGCAGCUGGCAGUUUGCAAGUUGAUACCAAAGCACGUUCAGAACCUUCAUUUUGCACUCCAAGUAUCCUAGAAUUGGUGGAGCUCGUUUUGAGGCCUCCGAAAGGGGGGCCUCCAGUGCUUCCAGAGCAAAGUGAUGCGGUUCUUUCGGCCCUCAAUCUAUACCGUUACGUGCUGAUAACCGAGGCAACAGGAAACACAAACUAUACUGGGGUUUUGUUGAAGAGCAAUUUGCAGAAAUCCUAUAACGAAUGGCUUCUCCCUCUCCGGACGUUAGUGACGGGGAUAAUGUCGGAGAACAAGACCGAUUAUGAUGAGAUUACAGUGGACAUAGAGUGUGCCUUAAACCCUGUAGAGCUUGUAUUAUAUCGUUGCAUCGAUCUUGUCGAAGAGAAGUUGAGAUGAAGCUUAAAAAUUGGUGGAGAUUGGUGAGAGAGAUGGUGACCAAAAGUCUUCAUUUCUUCUACACAAGAUGAUUCAUGCUUCCAGUCAAAAAUGGAAAUGCCAAAAGUCUUAUGUUUACGUAAGAUAAUUUCACGUAAUGAGUCGAGGAAAACAAUGGAUAGUGUCCCUUAGAACGUCCGUUUCCCAGUUCUGAAACGUGUUGCUGUUUUAUUUAUAUUUAUUCAACUACUCUUUCUUGAAUUGACUUUAUGAGAAAUUAGGAGACAUUAAUAGUUGGUUGAAAAAUUUUGAAUCAAUCACAAAUCGACACAUAAUUUCUAAUCCA